AUGUCUUCUCGAAGAAUACGAAGGCGUGUCCCGUCGGAUGCCGCUUUAUCGUCCGAUGUGUUUGGUGGUGAUCGCUCAGCUGAUACCGCUGCUGGAUCCACGUCUACGGAAGUUGAUCCCGAAACUUUAAUGCCAGAAUCGCAGGAUGGCAACAGCGCCGAUCUCCGAUCCGGUCUACGUACUUCUGAAGUCGAACCGGGAAGUCCUCUCUCCUAUAGCGACAUGUCGAGUGUAACGGCCGGUGGCGAUGCUUUCAGUUCCCUUCGUCCGGGAGUUAAUGAUGACGCAGCUGUGCGUGCCUUGCUUUCUCGCUCUGGCCCCUUGAUUCCCACCGAAGGUGGGGUUGGUAUCACUACUGACUCGUCUUCUGGCCCACAGCCCGUCAUUUGGGGAACCGACGUCAACAUUGCACGGAUAAUCUCGCUUUUCCGCCAAUUUUUGACGACUUUCAUCCCCGCUCAAAUGCCGGAAUCCGUUCGUCUCACCACCGGCCAGGAAUUAGACCCCUCAAGGCCUUUGUAUCUACAACUAAUGGAGGAUCUCUCUUUGUCGGGUCUAACCUAUUUGGACAUCGACUGCGAGCAUCUGAGACAAAUGUGUCCGCAGUUUUAUACUCAGCUAAUCACAUUUCCAAAAGAAGUUAUCCCGGCCUGCGACGCUGCCGCUAAUGCUUUAUUCAACGAUCGCUUUCGGGAAGUCCAGCUUGAACGCCCAUUGCAGAUUCGACCUUUCAACUGUGCGCAAAUGCGUGAUCUUCGCAGCCUCAAUCCAGAAGAUUUGGACCAGCUGGUUCGGGUGUCUGGCUUGGUUAUCCGACUGUCUUCUUUGAUUCCAGAGAUGAUGCGGGCGGAGUUUCGCUGUGCGGUUUGCGGUGCGCUGACCUCUGUUGCUUGUGAAAUGGGCGCUGUCGCGGAGCCGGAGGCCUGUGUUCGCUGUCACGCAGCACAUACUGCUCAGUUACUACACAACCGAUGUUUGUUCGUCGAUAAACAGUUGAUUAAACUUCAGGAGUUUCCAGAAAACAUGCCAGCCAGCCAGACUCCACACACGGUUGUUCUCUACGCGCACGAGGAUCUGGUUGACAAGGUGAAGCCCGGUGACCGUGUCGUCGCCACCGGCAUCUACAGAGCUGUCCCACUUCGGUUGUCCAAUCGCCAGCGCACACUUCGCGCGAUUUACAAAACAUACGUAGAUGUCUUGCAUUUUGUCGUUGAAAGCGAUCAGUGUUCGGACAAACUUUCAGGUCAGGAUGCAUACGUUCGUGAGGGUUCCCUUCGUCAAUUCACGGAUGAGAGAGUCCAGGAAUUUCACACUCUGGCACGCAAACCGGACCUCUAUGAACGUCUUGCUGCUGCAAUUGCACCGACAAUUUACGAAAAUGAAGAUGUUAAGAAGGGGAUAUUGCUACAGUUGUUUGGCGGCACUCGCAAGGACUUCACCUCCAAAGGUCGCGGAGAGUUUCGCUCCGAAAUCAAUAUUUUGCUUUGUGGCGAUCCAGGUACCUCGAAAUCACAGUUACUGCAGUAUGUGUUCCGGCUCUCUCAACGCGGUCAAUACACCUCGGGCAAAGGCAGCUCUGCUGUCGGUCUGACGGCUUUUGUUACCAAGGAUCCCGAAACGAGACAACUCACACUACAAACUGGCGCUCUUGUUUUGGCGGACAACGGAAUCUGUUGUAUUGACGAGUUCGAUAAAAUGUCGGAUUCAACGCGUUCCGUUCUUCAUGAAGUGAUGGAGCAACAAACAUUGAGUAUCGCCAAAGCUGGCAUACUUUGUCAGUUGCACGCCCGGACCUCUAUUCUGGCGGCCGCCAAUCCCGUCGGCUCGAAAUGGGAUCCCAGUAAAACUAUCAUAGAAAACAUUCAGCUUCCUCAUACGCUGCUAUCUCGAUUUGACCUGAUUUUCCUCAUUCUGGAUCCACAAGAUGAAGUGUAUGACGCUCGUCUUGCCCGUCACCUGGUUGGACUCUAUUAUCGUAGCAACUUCUCAGGGACAGUCGACCGGCGGGUCCAAGCCCGUGGACCUGGCGGUAGUGCUCGUUCUGGUACGCGUCGACACGAGCCACCAGAAACCACCGAUUUCGAUGUGGAGGAUUCUUGCGGCGUCGACACCACCUUUUUGAGGGAUUACAUUAUAUACGCCAAGACAAACUUCCAUCCGAAAAUAACUGAUGAAGCCGGCGAGUAUUUGGUUCGAGAAUAUGUGGAAAUGCGAAAGUUGGGCUCUGGUCGAGGCCAGAUCUCUGCCUAUCCUCGUCAACUUGAGUCUCUCAUUCGAUUAUCCGAAUCCCACGCUCGACUUCGUCUGUCAAAUGAGGUGACGGCUGAUGACUGCCGGGAAGCCCGUCGUUUACAGCGUGAAGCUCUAAAGCAAGCAGCAAUCGAUCCCAUCACUGGCACAAUAGACGUCAGCAUACUGACCACAGGAGUCAGUAGUAGCAUGCGUAAAAGACGCGAGGAGAUGGCUGCAGCUAUUUGGAUAUUGUUGGAAGAAAAACCACGACUUCUUACUUUUGUGUACACCCGUGUUCUCGAAGAAUUGCGCUCGCGUUCAGAGAGUAUGGUCACUCGUGAGGCCUUCGAAGACGGUUUAAAUCUACUGAAAAAUGCUAACAAGAUUGACUGGGUAGGAAAUACUAUUCGAAGACGUUAG